ACCCUUCUGGUCGCCUGUCUGUUUCAGAAUCUGCUCGACAAAUUCCUCAUUCCCAAUGCAUCUCAGGCGGAGAGCAAGGUGUUCUACCUCAAAAUGAAAGGAGACUACUUCAGAUACCUGUCGGAGGUGGCUUCUGGGGACUCAAAGAAGGACACGGUGGAGAACUCUCAGCAGGCCUACCAGCAAGCCUUCGACAUCAGCAAGAAGGACAUGCAGCCAACGCACCCUAUCUGGCUGGGCUUGGCCCUCAACUUCUCCGUCUUCUACUAUGAAAUCCUCAACUCGCCCGAGCAGGCCUGCGCUCUGGCCAAGCAGGCUUUCGAUGAGGCAAUCGCCGAGCUCGACACCUUGAACGAGGACUCCUACAAAGACAGCACGCUGAUCAUGCAGCUA